AUAGGUUAUAUUUACAUGACAACACUGCUGAUGUGUCUUGUGUCUCAGGUAUUUCUACUAAACUCAAAAAAUGCCUCUUCGCUUAGAUAUUAAAAGAAAGUUAACAUCCCGCUCGGACAGGGUGAAAUGUGUAGACCUUCAUCCCACAGAACCCUGGAUGCUGUGUUCUCUUUACAGUGGAAAUAUAAAUGUCUGGAACCAUGAAAAUCAACAGUUGGUUAAAACUUUCGAAGUAUGUGAUCUACCGGUCAGGGCAGCAAAAUUUGUUCCCAGAAAGAAUUGGAUUAUCAGUGGUUCAGAUGAUAUGCAGAUUAGAGUGUUCAAUUAUAACACCUUAGAUCGAGUACAUUCUUUUGAAGCACAUUCAGAUUAUGUGAGAUGUAUUGUCGUACAUCCUACUCAGCCAUACAUAUUAACUAGUAGUGAUGACAUGCUUAUAAAAUUAUGGAACUGGGAAAAAGCCUGGGCAUGUCAGCAGGUUUUUGAGGGUCACUCACAUUAUAUUAUGCAAAUUGCCAUUAAUCCCAAAGAUAAUAACACCUUUGCUAGUGGUUCACUUGAUCGUACUUUGAAAGUUUGGCAGUUAGGUGCAUCCACUGCUAACUUCACCCUAGAAGGCCAUGAGAAAGGUGUUAAUUGUGUUGAUUAUUAUCAUGGAGGUGAUAAGCCUUACUUGAUCUCAGGGGCUGAUGAUCGUUUGGUGAAAAUUUGGGACUACCAGAACAAAACAUGUGUUCAAACACUUGAAGGACACUCCCUGAAUGUCACAGCAGUAUAUUUCCACCCUGAAUUGCCUGUUGCUCUUACUGGAAGUGAAGAUGGAACUGUCAGAAUAUGGCAUGCAAAUACCCACCGCCUAGAAAGCAGUUUAAACUAUGGGUUUGAAAGAGUAUGGACCAUUUGUUGCCUAAAAGGUUCUAAUAAUGUGGCUCUUGGAUAUGAUGAGGGUAGCAUAUUGGUGAAAGUUGGUAGAGAUGAGCCUGCUGUUAGUAUGGAUGCAAGUGGAGGGAAAAUUAUUUGGGCCAGGCAUUCUGAAUUGCAGCAAGCUAACUUGAAAGCACUACCAGAAGGAGCUGAAAUCAGAGAUGGAGAACGUUUGCCAGUCACAGUAAAGGACAUGGGAGCAUGCGAGAUUUACCCACAAACAAUCCAACACAACCCCAAUGGGCGGUUUGUAGUGGUUUGUGGUGAUGGAGAAUACAUAAUAUACACGGCUAUGGCCCUUCGUAACAAAGCAUUUGGUAGCGCUCAAGAAUUUGUAUGGGCACAGGACUCCAGUGAAUAUGCCAUCCGCGAAUCCGGAUCCACCAUUCGAAUCUUCAAGAAUUUCAAAGAAAAAAAGAAUUUCAAGUCCGACUUUGGUGCCGAAGGAAUCUAUGGUGGUUUUCUCUUGGGUGUGAAAUCAGUUUCUGGCUUAGCUUUCUAUGACUGGGAAACGCUUGAGUUAGUAAGGCGCAUUGAAAUACAGCCUAGGGCUAUCUACUGGUCAGAUAGUGGCAAGUUGGUAUGCCUUGCUACCGAAGAUAGCUAUUUCAUAUUGUCCUAUGACUCUGACCAAGUCCAGAAAGCUAGAGAUAACAACCAAGUUGCUGAAGAUGGAGUGGAGGCUGCCUUUGAUGUCCUAGGUGAAAUAAAUGAAUCCGUAAGAACAGGUCUUUGGGUAGGAGACUGCUUCAUUUACACAAACGCAGUCAACCGUAUCAACUACUUUGUGGGUGGUGAAUUGGUAACUAUUGCACAUCUGGACCGUCCUCUAUAUGUCCUGGGCUAUGUACCUAGAGAUGACAGGUUAUACUUGGUUGAUAAAGAGUUAGGAGUAGUCAGCUAUCAAUUGCUAUUAUCUGUGCUCGAAUAUCAGACUGCAGUCAUGCGACGAGACUUCCCAACGGCUGAUCGAGUAUUGCCUUCAAUUCCAAAAGAGCACCGAACAAGAGUGGCACAUUUCCUGGAAAAACAAGGAUUCAAACAGCAAGCUCUAGCUGUUAGUACAGAUUCGGAACAUAGAUUUGAGCUGGCUGUUGCACUUGAAGAUCUAAAUACAGCUAGAACACUAGCUCAAGAAGCCAACAAUCCCCAGAAAUGGAGUCAACUCGGUGAACUGGCUGCGUCCACGAACAAUUUGCCAUUGGCCAAAGAAUGCAUGCAAAAAGCCCAGGAUUAUGGUGGGCUCCUGCUUUUGGCGACCAGUUCUGGAGAUGAAAAUCUUGUUCGCAGUUUGGGUGAAAGCACCAAUGCAGAAGGAAAACAUAAUCUGUCUUUCCUCUCCUAUUUCCUCGUUGGAGAUUUGAACAAGUGUAUAGAUAUUCUUAUAACUACGGGGCGUUUACCUGAAGCCGCGUUUUUCGCACGAUCCUACUUGCCGGAUAGAAUAUCUGAAAUUGUCGAGCUGUGGAGAGUGCAGCUAUCCGCUGUUAACGAGAAAGCUGGACAAAGUUUGGCGGAUCCCAAAAGCUACGAGAAUUUGUUUCCUGGCUUACAGGACGCGAUUGUGGCACAAAGGUUCAUGGAGCAGUGCAAUAGGGGGCUUCUUCCUGCUGCUAUUGCCACAACCGUUACUCCUAAUCAUGAUAGAAACGUCAUAGCAGAAGUACAGGCUCAAUUGAAUAGUGGGGCUUCGUCUAGUACCCAACAGUCUAGGCCACCAGUUGAAGAAUUAAAAAAACUGUCCUUUGAACAAGACGAUGAUGAUUUGGAUCUAGAUUUAGAAGGUGUCAAUAUUGAUGACAACAUAGACACAACAGAUAUCAAUAUCGACGAUGAUUUAUUAAGUGAUUGAGCUUUAUUAAGUGAUUAAGCUAUUUUAAGUGAAUAUUUUGUAUUUAGUUUUAAUAAUUGUAUAUUCAUCAUUCCUAAUAUAAGUUAUAUUAAUCAGAA